AUGAUGCUUGCCGUCGGUCGUCGCUAUAGAUCUUUCGCAAUCCUGGCGGAGAAGCGGUUUCAAGAGGCGCAGCAGCAGAUUGCUGAUUUUAUGAUGGAGUGGGUGGGACCUGGCGUACGGGUGGAGCGCACACCUGGAGGGCUGCACGAUCAUCAGCUACGACCGCCUUUUCCGCUUCUUCCGUGGGAAGAAUCUGGCGUCGCACGUGGUCUGCUGGCUGCAGGAAGAACGUUAGAGCGGAGGAAGAACGAUAGAGCGGGGGAGCAGCUAUCAUCAGGGGGGAGACGUCUGGGGGAGAUGUUCUCCCCCCUGGCUCAAUAUAGGGGGAGAUGUUCUCCCCCUGCUCGAUAUAGGGGGAGACAUUCUCCCGCACCGGAGAAGAAUCUAGUCUCCCCCCCCGAGGGGGAGAGAGGGGGGGGGAGAAGGGUGGGGAGAAAGCCAAUCCUCCUGUGA